AUGCCUCACGAGGAUCAUCUCCCGUUGUUCAAGAGCCCUCUGCUCCAUAAACAGCAGACUACUUCUCGAGGGCAUUCAGAAGACUCCACCGCAGGCGAACCUGAACCAAAAGGAGAUUCCCAGUCGACAAAUGAAGAAGACGCCUUUCUCGACAGUCCACAGUUCCACCGACAUAAUGAAACCACAAACUCGGAACUCUUCUACGAUCUCUUCUUUGUUGCCAACCUCUCCGUCUUCUUGACUGUACAUGAGGUGAACGACAGCGAAACCCUCAAACAGGCAGCUGGAUUCUUCUGUGUCCUGUGGUUCACUUGGUAUCAAGUCAGUCUUUAUGAUGUUCGAUUCUCAAUGGAUUCUGCAUACGACCGUGUCAUGAAAGUUGUACAGUUCAUGGUGAUGGUCGGAUUCUGUAUUGUAGGACCCAAAUUCGACGCGGGCCAGAAACCAGACUUGUCGACACAGUACAGUGAGUUUGCAAAGGUUCUACCACUGGGCUACUUUAAAGCUCUCACCUUGAUCUUGAUGGCGAGCCGCAUCAGCUUGGUACUCCAAUAUCUCCAAUCCAUGUGGUUCACUCGGAAAUACAAGCAAAUGCUUGUGCCCAUGGGAUGCAUUGCUUUGACCUAUUUCAUCGCUGCAAUGGCAUACCUGGGUCUUUUCUGGUCCUUUAAGCUUGAUGCCAAAGGAGAGAACCACACUUAUCUGGUCUGGUACGUGGUUGCAGUGUUGGAGACAAUCGUUGCAACCACUAUAUCUUGUGUGUGGAGAAACGUCUCUUUCAAAGGCACACAUCUUGUACAGCGAAUGUCACUCCUGACCCUCAUCAUUCUGGGGGAGGGCAUCAUUGGUCUUGCAAAACGAUGCCAACGAAUCGUUCAAUCCGAUGGAGGUCUUCAAAUUGGUGUUCCAUCAACCGUCGCAAACGUCGUCUGCGGGGUGCUCAUCAUCUACUUUAUAUAUAUGAUCUACUUUGACUGGAUGGAGGAAAAGCGACACUUUGGCACAAUUCGGCAACAAAUCUGGUCGUUCCUCCACUUUCCACUCCACCUCGCUCUUGUUCUCGCCCUUGAAGGUAUGUCUCAAUGUAUCGCAUGGCGGGYAGCAGUCGAAGAAACAGAUACAUAUGCAAGACAAGCCGCAAUCUGGAAAUCCAAGCUCGAACCCGGCAUACCGCUCGCAGAACUACGGCACCUCAGCGAAGAUGUCUACCUCACCACGACGGCCUACCUCUACGCCUCAUUGCAGACAUCGAUGGGAUACCAAGAGACGCUGGAAUACACGGGCAACCUGGCGGAUUCAGCAAACGCCUUGGCUGCCAUGUCCAAUGGCACUGAGAAUUUCGAAGCCGCGGAUAACGCGUUUGAAUGGAUGUAUCGCAUCACCAACCGCGCGAUUUACAACAUUGCGGGAUUCGCGCCUCCUGUGAAUGAAACGGAGGUCAACGAGUAUCUUGGGAUGAAGCUGGACUUUACUGAUGAGAAUGCCGUGGAGGAAGCCAACGCGCAGUUGAGAAGGAUCGGACCAAUCUUUGCUCUCACAUAUGUCUAUUUCUUCAUCGCAAUCGGUCUGGUGAUAAUGAUUUGCUGUUUAAUGGCAACACUAAGCAACAGGAAGAAGUCCCAAUACCACAUGGCUCGAAUUUCUCUCAGCGGCAUCAUCGGACUCGGAUUGUGUUUGUUGGCUACGAUUGAGACGAAUGCAGAGUUCGUCAACAGUUUCACGUCGAGUCCGUGGUUGAUUCCCCUGGUUACGAUUUGCUUGUUUGUUGUCGUGAUGCUUAACAAUAUCAAGCCUGUUGUUCCAAAACUCGCUGAUCGAACGCUCAAUAGUCGGAGGUCGUCAACUUAG